CUAUACGUUAGAGUGCUUGUGUGUCUGAAUCUGCCAUCAGCCAAUGAGAGCGCAGGAGGGGCGGGGUCUGUCUGAAUACAGGUGUGAAAGGAAAAUCCGUACGGUCUGUCAGACAGGUUCAUCAGGAUUAAAAGGGUCGAAACGAGACGAAAACAUUUUAUUUACUGUUUGAUGUGUUUAACUUUACUGCGACCCUCGGUUUUAAUACGGACCCCUCCGUCUCCGGUUGGCCGGUCUGUCCUCCUCUGAGCGGCGGUGCGGCAGCGCUUUAGCUCCGGCUCGGAGUUAGCCUAUAGCCGGGCGCAGGAUGGACUUCAUGCUGGGCGGAGUGGCCGGGUGCGGGGCUUGUGUGUUCACCAACCCGCUGGAUGUGGUGAAGACCCGAAUGCAGCUGCAGGGAGAGCUGCAGAGCCGCGGCUCUUACCGGGUUCACUACCGGAACGUGUUCCACGCCUUCUACACCAUCGGGCGCGUGGAGGGUCUGGGUGGGCUGCAGCGGGGGCUGCUGGCCGGGAUGCUGUACCAGUUCUUCAUGAACGGGGUUCGGCUCGGUUCCUACGCGCUGAUCGAAUCCGCCGGAUACAUCCACACGGAGGGCCGGGUAAGCGCGGCGAAGAGCACCGCCUCCGGGGCGCUCAGCGGGGUGGUGGGCGCCGUGAUGGGCAGCCCGAUAUACCUGGUCAAAACUCACCUGCAGAGUCAGUCCACCUCCACCAUCGCUGUGGGUCACCAGUAUCAACACCAGGGAAUGAUGCACGCGCUGGUGGCGAUUCACCGACAGCACGGCAUUGUGGGAUUGUGGCGCGGCUCUAGUGCGGCGGUGCCGAGGAUCACCGUGGGGUCAGCGGCUCAACUGUGCACCUUCAGCAUCUGCAGAGAGUUUAUUACUGACCUGCAGGUGUUUUCAAAGGACAGCUGGUUGGUGGCCCUUAGUGCUGGAAUGGUCAGCAGUGUUGUUGUGGUUUUGGCCAUGACUCCGUUUGAUGUGGUCAGUACGCGACUCUAUAACCAGCCUGUCGACCAGCUGGGCCAGGGUCGGCUGUACCGUGGCUUUAUGGACUGUUUCUCCAGAACUCUGCGGAUGGAGGGCUUAACUGGACUAUAUAAAGGACUCGGAGCCUCGUACUUCAGACUCGGCCCUCACACCAUCCUCUCCCUGCUGUUCUGGGAUCAGCUUCGCUAUGUCUAUCAUGCAUACAGCUACUGACCACACACAUGGCUACUGACCACACAUAUGGCUACUGACCACAGUUAUUGACCACAUAAGCAAAACACAACAUACUCUGGCAGUGUAAUGAUCUAGGGUUGCCUCAGGUGGUCCGGUCUAGGCUCAGCAAUGUUAUGCAGUAAAAUGAAGCCAGCUGACCACCCGAAUGACCCAUUAUUGCCUAAUGUUGAUAUUAUAUUGAUGGGAUUUUCCAGGAUGAUAGCGAGAUUCCUCGAGCUAAAAUUGUGAAAGUGCGGCUCAGCGAGUGUGAGGGGUCAUUUACACACCACAGAGUCCUGACUUGAACCCCACUGAGGCCCUUUGGAAUGAGCUGGACGAGACUUUAGGAAUCCAUCAAUACAAGAUCUCGGCUAAAAAAGAAAGUAGUUCUGGAAAUAAAUGUUGCGUGAAUUUGUGAAAACAGCGCCACGACGAAUUCACACUGUAAUCAAAGCUAAAUGGGUCAAACGACACGUCAGACUCUUCUGGCCAGGCGAUGCAGCUUCACGUAAAAAAAAUAUCUAAACACUGAGCUUUUGAUGGAGGCCAGACUCCAGAGGACUUCCACCUGUUAUAAUCUCUUGUAUCGUGAUCAUCUCAUCUUCUGUGGGCUGAAGUCGCUUCUUAUUCUCCAGCUUCUUGUUUGAAUUUCCUUGUUCCAGUAACCUCUGCACCUUUUAAGGUGGAACGGAAGAAUUUGAACAAAAAGCUGGUGAAUGAGAAGCGACUUUAACCUCGUCUGUUUUUAGCCUGUUUUGUUAUUACGUCCCUGAGACGAUGAUUCAGACUGAUAUUACUGCGGAGUUUGGAGGAUUAUAGCAGGUCAUUUACUCUGGAAUUAUUAACCAAAUCAAAUCAAAUUUAUUUGUAGCGCUUUUUACAACUGAUGUCACAAAGCAGCUUCCCAGAAUUCCAGUAAAACCUCCAGGUGAGCAAGCCAGGGGCGACAGUGGCCAGGAGAAACUCCCUCCCAUAUUACUGUCAGACUGUAUAAACUACAGACAAUGCAGAUUCACACUGGAUUAAUCACUGAUUUCACUGAUAAUCACUCAGAUUACAGUAUGUCCUGAGGUGACACUAAUCCAACUCCAAUAGGGCUAAAGACAGUGUUGGAUUGAUGAGGAACGAGAGGCCUGUCGUCCUUCCUGCUGACCGCUGGGGUGUGGUCGGCUCUUCUGAUCCGCAGAGCUCGACUGUAAAUUCAGUAUCAGAUUCUCAUCCCACAUUAAAGUUCUGCUGUAUUUAUAAAACACAAAGAUAAAAAAUGCUGGAAUGUUAUAGAGACGGAGAACUGCCUCCUCUGAUCAGCUGCAGUAAACACACACUCUUACACACACACACACACACAGUUACACACUCUUACACGCAAACACUCUUAUACACACUUAUAGACACUCACUAUUACACUCACAUACAUACACACUCACACACUUACACACAC